AAUUUUACUCAAAAGUUUUAUGACCGCUCGUGGAGUGAAAUUUAUUAUGAUUUUUCGAUUGAUUAAUUGAUGUGAGCUAUAACAUGAAUAAAUGCCUAAAUGCCUAAUAUGAUAUUAUAUUAAUUUACAUUCAAUCGAUUUAAUUUCAACGACAAAGUUAUGUAGUAAUCAGUCGUUUAUGCUUAAUUAUUAUAGUGUCAUAUGUAUUAACUGAAAUGAUUAAUGUUGUAUGAAAUACUAGUGCUAAAAUGAAUUUACUGUUGUUAGCAGAACUAUAUUUGGAUUUUCAAUUUGCAAUUCAAAAUAAAGAAAGCUGAAAACUCUAACAUUAUUAUUUCACAGUAAAUAAAUGCCUUUGAAUCUCAUUUUAUUUUUUCUGUUAAAAUAAUUUAAAAUGAUUUGCUGCCCAAAUUUAAAAAGAAAUUUAACUUUUCGUAUCAUAUUUUUAUUACUUAUAUCAUUAGUAAUAGUGUACAAUUUGAAUUUUCUUAUUAAUAUUGAUCAAUUUUUAAAUUCAUCACAAAAACAUUUAAUUUCUUGUUACUUUGAAGAAAAACAUGAUAAUUCUUUACCUGAAUUAAAUCCUAAAGAAGUAACAAAGAAUAGUAUUUUCUUUGUUGAAACAUCAUGUAACCAUAAAAACGGAAUUAGUUUAAGUUUAAGACAAGGUUGUGCUAUAGAAUCUGCAGCAAAUUUAAAUCCUAAUUUAAAUAUAUUUGUAUUAUUUGUUGCUCCUAGUUAUAUAAACAAUGAAUCUGAUAUUAUUAAUAGAUUUAAAAUGUAUAAAAAUGUUAAUUUAAGGUAUAUAAAUUUUGUAAAUUAUUCUCAUAAUACUCCAUUGCAAGACUUUGUAGCCUCAAACACUAUAUCUACUAGUCAAUGGCCAGUUUCUCAUACAAGCGACUUACUAAGAUUUUUAACAUUGUGGAAAUUUGGAGGAACUUAUUUGGAUCUAGAUGUAGUUCUAAUGAAAUCUUUAGAGGGCCUAUCAAAUUUUGCAAGUAUUGAAUCAAACACAUCAGUUGCCUCACUUGUAUUGAAUUUUGAUGUUGAUGAAAUAGGAAGAGCAGUUGCAAAUACUUCAAUCAAUGAUUUUGCUUCUAAUUAUUGCAAUAAUGAUUGGGGGUAUAAUGGUCCUGGUGUUAUUACCAGAACACUUGAAAAAAUCUGUGAAACUAAUCUAGUAACUGAUAUGAAUAAGCAAAAAUGCAAAGGAUUUACGGUGUUAGGGACAGAAGCAUUUUGUCCAAUAAGUUGGACUGAUUGGCAGCUAUAUUUUAAUCCAAACACCAGUGAUGAAGUAAUGGUUAAACUUAAAGACAGCAUUGGCAUUCAUGUAUGGAAUUUACAUAGUAAACAUACUGUUAUUAAUAUUGGUUCAAAACAGCCUUAUGGCUUAGUUGCAAAAAAAUAUUGCCCUAUUAAUUUUUCUUUGGCAAAAUAUGUAUUUUAACUUUUUUAAAACUGUAAA